ACAGCAGGAGCAUCGCAGCUCCCACCCCAUGCAGCAGCAGAGAUGGAGCUGAGGAUUUCGGUUCGGGGAGAAGGGCGCAGAGGACGCGCUGCCGUCUCCCUGUUUCUCUGGGGCUGGGAUCAGUGUUUGGACUGGAGGAGCGGGCCCCAAGGCCGUCCAUUUCAGUCACUGAGACCCGAGUGCUUUUCAGGAUGGUUUACAAUUGCAGAGGAGCGUUUGGCGCGCGUUUCUGGUCCGGAAGCCAGAUUUGGUACACAACGAUUUGUCCCAUUUCAGCUUUAACUCCUCGCUGUCUGAACUGCACGCCCAGCUUCCCGGAAUGGAAUUGGGUCGGCACCAACAUUUGUGUUCGGAUGUUUAUGAAAAAGGCUUUCCCAGGUGGUCCGUAGGAUAUCUGGCAUUAAGAUGAACGUGUGGCUGUCGCCGUUCGUUCACAGAUCAUCUUUUUCCUGGGGCAGGAGCGGCCAAAGCCUUUGGGCAUCCUUUGUUCUGACCUCAGGCCCUGCUGCUCCUCUGCUGGUGGUAGACAGGGGAGCUGGGAAGCCGCUUUCCUUUCUCUGCUGGCCCCGACAGUGCAGGAGCUGAAAUGCUCUCCUUUCCUUCACUCUUAGCCAGCGUCUGCAACGCUACAAUUAGGCUGAAAAUAAUGGCAGGAGGCUGAUUAAGAACGACGCCCCUAGGAAUGCCCGGGGUUCAUGUUUUCUGUUUGCUUCUUUGGUUUCCUGCAGGAUCAAUCACUCCGCUUUCAGACAUUUGUCCGUAAUACUUCAGACUGAUUUUCCUUUGCUUUAGUUUCUGUCCCCUGCUCCUGUUUAUUUCAGUUCUCCUUUGCUUCGUGUUGCAACUCCCAAACGUGGCGUUUUGCAGGCACCACCUCUCGCCUUUCAUCCUUGUGUGGCCCCUAAUGGUUGUCACGGGUGGCUCCAAAUACAAUACGUGCUCCUAAGGGGGAUGCAGGACUCUAUUAAUGUGAUACAGAUACGCUGUAGUGAUUUAACAGCGCCUUGACAGGAGUGGAGACGGCUGAAUCCACUCGGUUACUUGCUGCACAGGGUUAACGCGCACCUACAGACGGCCCUGCUGUUCAGUCACGAGGCUCAGGGCUGACCUUGCUUUCUCAACUAGAAGCACAAAGGCAAGGAGCCUUUGCAGCAGGCGGAUCCACUGCUGUGCCAGGUCUUGAUCAGGGCUGAUGUCUAUGGGAUCGUAUGCCAGUCUAAGAAAUAACCCUAGAGAAGCUCUCAAAGCUUCAGUGUAACCACGCGUCUCUUGCAGAAGAUCAGCAUCGGCGAGGCUGGGAUUGACGUCAGGGUGCAAGAGAUCUCAGUGCAGGACCUUGGGAGGCAGCUCUGGUCGAAGGGAGAUCCUGCUGUGCAGCCUGCUGCUGUGCAAGAACUGCAGGGGCACUUGGGCUGCCAUCCGUUUGGGGCUCCAGUUCAACUCCUGCCUUCCAGCCGCGACCAUCCCAGCCUGCAGGAGAGCAGCAGAUGGCCUCAGCACAGCCACCUCAGGAGCCCGUGAGCUUUGCGGAGGUGGCCGUGCAUUUCAGCAGGGAGGAGUGGGCGCUGCUGGACCCUGCGCAGCGAGCGCUGUACCGGGACGUGAUGCUGGAGACGUACCAGUGCCUGGCCUCGCUGGGUCCACUUCCAGCCCCCAAACCUGCCGUGAUCUCCCUGCUUGAAAGAGGGGGCAACCCCUGCAUCCCAGAUGUGCGCAGCCCUGAGGCGCUGUCAGAACUCAGCCCAGCAGGAGCUGAGAUCACAAAUCUAAAGAAGGGUCUGCAGAAAAGUGGUGUGGCCAAAAGGCGGAGAGGCCGCGGCUCCGUGGGAAGGAUCAGAAAGGAUGUCCAGAGGCGCCUGGAGCAAGCGGGGCGCUUCAAGAAGCCCCUGGGAAAGCAUCCGGGAGAGAGGCCGAGGAAGCCUGUGGAUUUCAGCACAGGUCCAAAGCAGACUGAAGACCUGAGGAGCAAGGAAGCGGGCCAGAAGAAGCUGAAUCUGCAUGUGUUGCGUAGGAAAAGCCUUAAAAGGUGUGCCAACCUGGUUAACCGCCAGCGCAAGCGCUCUGGGAAGAGCCAGUACAAGUGCUUUGAUUGUGGAAGGAGCUUCAGAUGGAGAUCCAAAUUCACCCAGCACCGGCGCGUCCACACAGGAGAGAGGCCCUUCCAGUGCCCUGAGUGUGGGAAGAGCUUCCAAAGGACUUUCCAGCUCACAGUGCACCAACGCGUCCACACAGGAGAGAGGCCCUUCCAGUGCUCCGAGUGUGGGAAGAGCUUCAAAAGUCAUUCCGAGCUGAAGUUCCACCAGAGAGUCCACGCGAGAGAGAACCUCUGUGAGUGCUCAGAGUGUGGGAAGGGCUUCAAGAGCAGUUCCAACCUCAGGGUGCACCAGCGCAUCCACACGGGAGAGAGGCCCUACGAGUGUCCUGAGUGCGGCAAGAGCUUCAAAGGGAGUUCCCAGCUCGCUGUGCACCGGCGCAUCCACACUGGAGAGAGACCCUAUGAGUGCUCCGAGUGUGGGAAGAGCUUCAAAAGGAGCUCCCACCUCACCUACCAUCAGCGCGUUCACACCGGAGAGAGACCCUUCAAGUGUCCUGAGUGUGGCAAGGGCUUCAAAACCAGUUCCAACCUCGCCAUGCACCAGCGCAUCCACACAGGGCUGAAGCCCUUUAAGUGCUCCGAGUGUGGGAAGGGCUUCAAAAGCAUUUCUGAAUUGAAGCAGCACCGGGGCGUCCACAAAGGAGAGGAAUCCUUGAAGUGUCUCGAGUGCGGGGAGAGCUUCGAAAGCAGUUUCGACUUGAGGGUGCACCAGCGCACCCACAUCGCAGACAGACCCUUUAAGUGCUCCGAGUGUGGCAAGAGCUUCAGAAGGAAUUCCCAGCUCACUUUCCACCGGCGCAUCCACACCGGAGAGAGACCCUUUAAAUGCUCCGAGUGUGGGAAGAGCUUCAAAAGGAAUUCCUACCUCACCUACCAUCGGCGCAUUCACACCACAGAGAGACCCUUUAAAUGCUCUGAGUGUGGCAAGAGCUUCAAGAGCGGUUCCAACCUCAGAGUGCACCAGCGCAUCCACACGGGGGUGAGACCCUUUAAGUGCUCCGAGUGUGGGAAGGGCUUCAGAAGGAGUUCCUACCUCACCUACCAUCAGCGCAUCCACACCGGAGAGAGACCCUUCAAAUGCUCUGAGUGUGGCAAGAGCUUCAGGAGGAAUUCCUACCUCACCUACCAUCAGCGCGUUCACAGCAGUGAGAGACCCUUUCAGUGCCCUGAGUGUGGCAAGGGCUUCAAAAGCAGUUCCAACCUCGCCAUGCACCAGCGCAUCCACACGAGGGUGAAGCCCUUUAAGUGCUCCGAGUGUGGGAAGGGCUUCAAAAGCAUUUCUGAAUUGAAGCAGCACCGGGGCGUCCACAAAGGAGAGGAAUCCUUGAAGUGUCUCGAGUGUGGCAAGAGCUUCAAGAGCAGCUCUAAUUUCAGCUGCCACGCAUGCGUCCACGAAGCAGGCAGACUGUAGAAGCGCCCCAGUUUUGUGAGAACCGUCCAGCCUCGUUAGCUGUCUGCACAGGAUGCAGAGCCUGCAGCACUCCAGGCUCUCCAGAGCUCCCCAGCCUUCAAAUCAGAGUAGGGCCUUUGAUUUCAGACACUGUGUCACUCUCUCUCUCUCUCUCUCAUUUUAUUUAAUUGCUCUCAAUUCCUAUUGUAUUGUGUUGUAUUCUGUUAUCUAGCAAUCCGAUAUCAAAUUAAGUUUCCUCCUUAGAUCGUUGGCGCUGUUCUGUUUUUUAUGGGCCCAGCUCCCUUCUCCCAACCUUCCCCCUUCUCCCUUCCCCUUUUUUUGGGCUGGUAAGCCUUCCGUAACAGGGGGACAUCAGGCCACACCGGAGGGAAGGGAAGGGGAGCGAAGGGGAGGGGAGAGGAGGCAAGGCAAGGCAAGGCAAGGCAAGGCAAGGCAAGGCAAGGCAAGGGUGUCAGCCGUUUACAGGCUGCUUCAGCCUGGGGAUCUACGGAUCUUCACCCUGGGAAAAGGGAGGGGAAAAGGGGGAAGGGACCUAAAAACAGAACAGCGGCAACGAUCUGAGGAGGAGAGUUAAUUUACUGCAUGUGAUAUUGGGAUGCAAGACAACACACUGUAAUACAAUAUGCAAUUGGAACUGAGGCUCAUAAAUAAAAUGAGGAAGAGAGUGUGUAUCUGAAAUUGAAGGCCUCACUCAGAUCUGAAGGCAGAGCAGCUGGGGAGCGCACCGACGCAUGGCCAGGCAGCAAGAGACAGAGAGAGUGUUGUGAUUGCUGUCAUGGUUUUGUGACUUUUGGCUUUCGGCAUUCCACAUCACAACAUCACGUGGGGCACUGGGAGUUGAGCUGUUAGUGCUCAAGCCCUGGGUACCUGCCCAGAAGAGAAGGAGAGCUGCAUUCCCCAGGGGGCUUGGCGGUCAGGGAGAGGAGGUUUGACUGCUGGCAAGGUCUCCUGAUGCUCCUUUCUGCCUCCCCUUUGUUGCGGGCGCUGCUCCCAUCUCCCCGCGGCUCAGCUGCACUGCGCCUCUCACCUCAGCCUUGUGCUGAGGCUGGUCCACCUUGCAGACAUUCUCUCAUUAUAUCUGAUUUAUUAGCUUCAAUUCUGAUUAUACUGUAUUACAGUGUGUUUCUCCUCAGAUCAUUGCCGCUGUUUUCAAUUAAUUUGGGGUCCCUGUUUCCCUUUUUUUCGGAGGCGCAGAUCCGUGGAUCCCUCCGCCCCGCUGGUCACAGAACCGGGCUGAAGCAGCCCGUAAACCGCUGACAUUCUUGGUGGAGAAUGCAGGCAGCGAGUUGCUUUGUAGCUUUUUAGAACAAAUCUCUGCUCUCGGAGAGCUCCAUCGGGAAAGUUUAUCUUUUUCACUGGUGCUCACUGAAAACUUGACCUUGAAAGUCCAGGCAGACUGCCAAUGUUCCAGCGUUCCUAUGAUAAUUGUAAACUUGGAGCACUGCCAUCUUGCUUCUGUAAAGAGAGGAAAAAAAUGAUCCUGCUUUCUCUUCUAAUCCUGCUUGCGGAGGGAGCCGCUAAUUUUGCAUAACUUGUGAUUUUUAAGCAGGCUCCCAGUCUCUCCUUUGAAUCCUUUAUGCAGUUUUUGAAUGCUCACCUGAUGGCGUUGUUAAUCUCCCUGAAUUUGCUGUUCUCAAUUGCGGUCGGUUUUUGUAUUUAUUGUAUUUUGAGGAAGCCUGCCCCAGAACCAGGGAAUUCUGAGUGGCAGGGGGUGUGGAGAGGCUUGGGAGAGACUUCAGAGAGAUGGACAUCUUCGGUGCCAUGGAACUUUUCUCCUGAACACCUGAAAGACCCUGAGAGCUUAAGCAUUUAUUUGAGACAGGAACGUUGCGGCUCAGGCAGAUCUGAGGAGGCACAAAUGAUUUGGGGCCUGGCUAAUGCUGAUCGGGCAUUAUUCAAUAGUAUCCCAAAAAGGGAGGGAGCUUGUGAAAUUGAGAGAGAGCGUCUGAGAGCUGAGAGGGAGAAUCUCCGGGCUGAGCGAGAGAAAAGGUUGAGAGAAAAGGCCUCCAAUCUGAGAGGGAUGUCCUCAACUCAGAGAGAUGCCCUCCAAAGCGGGAGAGACUCCCUGCAAUCCCAGAGAGUCUCCUGGUCGAGAAACAGAGUCUCCAAAUCCAAAGGGAGAGUCUCCAAGGCGAGACAGAGAAUCUCCGGGUUGAGAAAGAGUCUCCUAGCCAGGAGAGAGAAGCUCAAAACAUGGCAGGAGUGUCUCUGAGCUGAGAAAGAAAGUCUCCGAGUCAAAGGGGAGAGUCUCCGAGCUGAGAAAAGGAAUCUCCAAUCUCGACAAGGUGCCUUCGAAUAUGGGCGAGACUCCCUUCAGUCCAAACUUAAUGCCCUCCAACCUGAACUAAAUACUCUCAUAGUCGAACAAGACAGAGUCCACGCGGAGCUGGACAGUGAGAGCAUCGGAACUGGCCAGCCUGACCAAAACCACAGGAGGCACCACCAUUGAUGUCAGUCGCCCCUGUAAGAGGAUGGAAAAUGAAACAGAUCUCAACUCAGAAGAGAAGAAAGAGGAGGAAAGAGGUGGCCAGUGCUCUAUCUUUACACUGACUCAUGGAUGGUAGCGAAUGCCUUAUGGGGGUGGUUACAGCAGUGGGAGCAAAAUAACGGGCAAAGAAGGGGUAAACCUAUUUGGGCUGCUGAGCUGUGGAAAGACAUUGCUGCCCAAAUAAAGGAUAUGGCUGUAAAGGCGCAUCAUGUGGGUGCUCAUGUGCCCAAGAGUCGGGCUACUGAAGAACAGCAAAAUAACCAUCAGGUAGACCGAGCUGCCAGGAUUGAGGUGGCUCAAAUAGACCUGGACUGGCAGAAAACAAGGGUGAAUUAUUUCAGGCUUGAUGGGCCCAUGAGACCUCACACCAUCAAGGAAGAGAUGCAACAUACAAAUGGGCUGGAGACCAAGGGGUGGAAUUAACCAUGGAUGCCAUUGCACAGGUUAUUCAUAACUGUGACACAUGUGGCACAAGUAAACAAGCCAAGAGGAUGAAACCCCUCUGGGAGGAAGGGCAAUGGAAAAAGUACAAAUAUGGGGAGGCAUGGCAGGUUGAUUAUAUCACCUUGCCACGAUCUCACAGUGGUAAGCAUUAUGUGCUUACUGUGGUGGAGGCAACAACCAGGUGGCUUGAAACAUAUGCAGUACCCCAUGCUACCGCCUGAAACACCAUAUUGGGUCUGGAGAAACAAGUCCUGUGGCGACAUGGCACCCCAGAAAGGAUUGAGUCAGAUAACGGGACUCAUUUCAAAAUGCUCCUGUAAAUACUUGGGCCAGAGAUCAUGGCAUUGAGUGCAUUUAUCAUAUCCCCUACCAUGCACCAGCCUCUGGUAGAACUGAACACUACAGUGGGUUGCUAAAAACCACAAGAGACAUCCUCUCUCUCAUUAUAUUUGAUUUAUUAGCUUCAAUUCUGAUUAUAUUGCAUUAUGGUGUGUUAUCUUGUAUUCUAAUACUGUAUUUAGUAAAUCAGUUUGUUUUUCCUCA